AGCCGCAGCUGAUGCUUCCCCCAGUUGCAUUCUUCAUUUUCUAUGCGGGCCUAACCAAAGCUCUUCAAGGGUUUUAAACUGCAAUUUCCAAUUAUAUAUUUAUAAAAAUAAUUCUCAUAAUUUUUGGGGAACUAUAAAUAAGAAAGCAGAGGAUUGGCCUCUCGUCAUCUUACACCGCACAAUAGAAAAAUAGAGAGAUAGAGACAAACAAAACAAUGGCAAAUUUGUUCAUUAAGCAGGCAAAGCAAUAUGCAGAAGGUCGGCCAAGCUACCCACCAGAAUUAUUCCAAUUCAUUGCCUCAAAGACUCCAGAGCAUGAUCUUGCAUGGGAUGUCGGCACCGGCAGCGGCCAGGCUGCUCGAUCUUUGGCUGAGAUUUACAAGAAUGUCAUAGCCACAGACACAAGCCCGAAACAGCUUGAAUUUGCCCCAAAACUCCCCAAUAUCCGAUACCAGCAUACCUCUCCAGUCAUGUCCCUGGUGGAGCUUGAGCAAAAUGUGGCAGCAGAAUCAAGUGUUGAUUUAGUGAUCAUAGCUCAAGCCAUGCACUGGUUCGACCUCCCUGUAUUUUACCAACAGGUGAAAUGGGUACUCAAGAAACCCAAUGGGGUCAUCGCUGCCUGGUGUUACACCACCCCAGAAGUCAACGACUCCGUGGACAAGAUCCUUCAACGAUUUUACAAGAACCCUUACUGGGACCCUCAGCGAAAAAUGGUGGAUGAUAAGUACAAAAGCAUCGAUUUUCCUUUCGAGCCGGUGGACGGAACGGAUAGCACGGGACCAAUUGAGUUUGGGAAUGAAAGAUUGAUGGGUUUAGAGGACUAUUUUACUUACUUAAGAUCGUGGUCAGCGUAUCAGAAGGCCAAGGAAAAGGGCGUGGAGCUUUUGAGCGAGGAUGUGGUUGAGGACUUCAAACGUGCUUGGAGUGAAGAUGGAAAUAAUGGCCAAAAACUGGUUAACUUUCCUGUUUAUCUCAGGAUUGGUAAGGCGGGUCUGUAAAAAAGAAAAAAAAAAAGAGCGGAAAGCGUUGGGUCAGGGUACGUGAUUUUGUAUUUCAAUGAAUUGGAUCAAUUCAUGUUUUAAUUUUUUUAUGAACAUUUCAUGUUUUAAAUUA